AUGGCAAGGACAGUACAAAGCGAUCGCCGGAGACGCCCUUCAAAACCACCAGCUACCAUACCAGCUGCAUCCCCUGCGGCAACUUCCAAGCUCCCUCCUCGAGUUCGCUUUCCUCUUCUCCUGGUCCUCAGCCUGACAAUCUCCUCCCUACUCUAUUCUCUCGUCUCGCCCUUCACCAGCGGCGAUCUCGCCACUGUCAGCAGGAGCCGCGACAACUGGUGGGAAAUAGCUGGAUUACUCGGUUGGAAGGCUACUGAGCUGGCUGUUGGGUGGUACGGAGGCUUCGAUAGUACUGACUUCGCUGCUCUGACUUUCCUCACGCACGUGCCAUAUCACUAUUUCCUCUCGACCUUCUACCUGAUCAGGCCGACGACCUCAGCUUACUGCAUCGCCAUUGAUACCUUGGCAGCCUACGUCCCGUUUUACAGUCUCAAAGUCUCCUCCAGCAUUCACAGCAUCAAGACUCCCAAAGGUGUCGCCGCGAACCGUUCAGUGAUUAACGACACCGGGGUUCAGGUAUACACGAGCCUUCUCGCAGCAGGCAUUUACACCGUGGUCGUCUUUGGCAGCUAUGGCACCUGGCUGCCGGUGUAUCUCGUGACCCAUUUUGACGGCAUGCGCGACAUUUCUGCAGCGUACAGCCCGAACUUUCCAUGGCUCAUCCUAUCGUUCCUGCCGACUGGCUUUGCAGCAAAGGUGUUCCUCUUCACGCCGGCUACAGCUGCGAAAGCUGACAAAUACGACAAAGAAACAGCGGCGUUCAAUCCAGAGACUGCUACACUUGGAGAUACCAUUGUGUACAAUCUCUGGGGGUAUUCACAUAGGGCGAGAACGCUAAUCAAGAGGACUGCCACACUGGUUACCGUCGGCGGAGUGCACACCAUGCUCCAAACAUACGGGUCUCUGGAAGGUGCAGAACUCUUGGGUGCUGCAGGGUGGUCGAGUGUCUGGGGUCUAGCAGCGACCCUGACCGGCGCAGCAUUCCUAUGGGUGGGAGACGUUGAUGGUGUGUAA